AUGGAAGCUCUACACAAUACUCACGUAAAGCUGCUGGCUUUCGAUUUCCUAUCACUAACGCCGUCAUCUACUCAACCGAACGCCGUCUGUCGUAGAGACACCCUCCUCAUUUCUCGUGCAGAAACCCUAGGCGUGGUUACUAGCCGAGAGCACAAACCCGACAUAUUCCUUAGAUUCACCAUCGAUGAUGGCACCGGGUGCAUCCCCUGUGUUCUUUGGCUCAACCAACUCACCUCUCCCUAUCAUUCCCGCCGUAGCCCACCAGAUGUUCGACUAAUUGCCGAAUCGGCUCGCAAUUUCGCAACCCUAAUCCAAAUUGGGGUUUCAGCUCGAGUGCGAGGCAAGGCUACGAUCUACAGAGGUAAACUCCAACUUACUGUUUCUGAUGUUUUUGUUGAAAGAGACCCCAAUGCGGAGACUCUCCAUUGGUUGCAAUGUAUUCAUUUGGCUAAAAAAUGCUACGAUAUUGUACCCCCCUUCACUACUACCCAUUAA